CUCUGGGAGGGGAAACCGCCUUCUUCCAGAUCCGUGUCAUCCGCGGAUGGAUUAGCCGGGUCUGGAAACAUGGCCUCCUCAGAGCAGGCAGAGCAACCUGGCCAGACUGGCUCCUCUCCUGGAACUGAGAAUGGGGCGUCCCGUGAAGCUUUGAUCGCCACAGCAGUGAAGUUUCUGCAGAACUCCCGAGUACGGCAGAGCCCUCCCGCAACCCGAAAGGCGUUUCUUAAAAAGAAAGGACUAACGGAUGAAGAAAUCGACUUGGCGUUCCAGCAGUCAGGCACUGCCAAAGAGGAACCCCAGAGCCUUUCCACACAACUGGUGCCCACUCAGCCCUCUCACCUUGCGCCCUACAGUCCACCCAGCUCCAGAUGGCGGGAUUAUGGCGCCUUAGCAAUUAUCCUGGCGGGCAUAGCCUUUGGCUUCCACCAGCUCUACAAGAAAUACCUGCUCCCUCUGAUCAUGGGAGGCAAAGAAGACAGGAAGCAACUGCAGAGGAUCGAGUCAAACAUCUCUGAAAUGAGUGGCAGCGUAACGCAGACAGUGACUCAGCUUCAGACAACCUUAGCAUCUGUUCAGGAACUUCUCAUUCAGCAACAGCAGAAAAUACAGGAGCUUACUCAAGAACUGGCAGCUUCCAAGGCCACCACCUCUACUAACUGGAUUCUGGAGUCCCAGAACAUCAACGAGUUGAAGUCAGAGAUCUAUUCGCUAAAAGGAUUGCUUCUAAACCGGAGGCAGUUCCCUCCCUCUCCGUCGGCCCCCAAAAUCCCUUCGUGGCAGAUCCCGGUCAAGGCCUCCUCCCCCUCCAACCCCGUCGCCACCAACCACAACACCAGCAGCGACAUCUCGCCAGUCAGCAACGAGUCCAACUCCUCCUCGCCGGUCAAAGAGAACCACAGCCCAGAAGGGUCCAAGGUCAGCUGCCACCUGCUGGGCAGCGAGGAAGGGGGAGAGGCGGUGAUUGACGUCAAGGGGCAGGUGAGGAUGGAGGUGCAAGGGGAGGAGGAGAAGAGAGAGGAGCAAGAGAACGGGGAGGAGGAGGAGGAGGAGGAGGAAGAGGAUGAAGAGGACGACGUCAGCCACGUAGAUGAAGAGGAGUGCCUGGACGUCCAGACAGAGGACCGGCGAGGGGGAGACGGGCAAAUCAACGAGCAGGUGGAGAAGCUCCGGAGGCCUGAGGGAGCUAGCAACGAGAAUGAAAUUGACUAGGGUAACGGGGGUGAUGGCGUCUGUCCCCCACCCCCUCGGUCAUGCCCCAUUCCUCGGGUUCCUCCCCGCCCAAUGGCCCCCUCUGGCCUACCCCUGUGAUUCACCACGAGUAGUGUUGUGAGCUUCUAGUAAGCCAGUUGGCCCUCAGGCCGACCUGGGUCCGAGCAGCCCUCCCCACGGUGAUUCUCCGCCCCACCUUGGCCACUCCUCCUGCACAUCGCAAGUCUAAACGGUGCGCGGCUGCCUCUGCCCCACAGCCAGAGAAGUGGGCCUCCCUGCUAAUCGUGCACACUCAAGAUCAGACUGGGACCUUCCGCUCCUUCUCCAACUGUUUCUAACCCCUCUGAACCUUCCCUUCACCAAAAUUUCUAUCAAGACAAUCUUCCUUCACCAAAAGUUGGGUUUUUCUCUUCUGGACGGUUCCCCGAUCACCAGGGUGCUGCCUCCCGCCUCUCUCUGGGGGCGUUUCUCCCCAGCUCCAUUGACUCUCAUUCUUAAAUAAGAUCCUUGCCCACCACAGAACCCAGUCUUUAAGAAAAGCAAAUGUCCUUGUGGGGUUUCAAGACCCUCCAUUUCUACUCGGAACAUCCAUCUCUGGACAAAGGCAUUGUCUUGUGGGAAGCGUCCUCCUCCUCCUCCUGCUUCUUCAUGUCUUGGGAACAGAAAAUGUGUGUGUAGCAUUUUGGCUUUUAAUUUGCUCAUUGACGACAUGAUCAGCUGGAUGGAGAGAGGCAUUUUGAUCAGUUGGGUGGAGCUGGGCAGAAGGGGGCCUUGGGAUGUUGGCCCGGGAGCCUUGGGAUGUUGGCCAGGCCUCCUCCCAUGCCUCCCUUCUACUGAGGCUUAGUGCUCCUGCUUUUCCGACUUCCCCUUUUCCUUUCCUUUCUUUCUCCCCUUGUCUCCGAGCUGCCCAAAAUGUCUGUAGCAAGGACCCUUGCUAACCAGAUAGCAACUUGGGAGGGAUGUGCUCAGGGGAGGCAGCCUCGGUUUGGGAUGAACGAGACUGCCAGUUGCUACACCCUCCAGUAUACCCUAUGGUUGAAAUGAUUUUCCCACCGGGAAAGGAAGCCAGAUUCUACCCCUAUUCCUUCUCUCUCGUACCCUGUCUCCAGUCUGGAUGUCCCGCACGGCUGCUGGAUUUGGUGGCUCAAUUCUUGGCUGCCGAUGGCAGACUUUGAGGGUUGGUCCAACAUGCAAAACACCCCAGUCUUUCCACGGGGGUUCACACAACCCAAGCUGCUCUCCUUAGAACCAAGAUGUCAGUGUCGAGACCCACUUCUCACCCCCAUCUCUCCCCCACCACGGCCCCCCACUUUUGCCUUAUCGGGUGGAGAAAAUGGCAACAAACCACUGGGUUUGGAAACUCCUCAUUGCGCGGCUCUGCGUCCUUGGCCGUGCUAGUCUCCGAUUUCCGUUCACUUCAUUUAAAAAAACAAAGAACAGAGCCUUGAUUCCUGUUAACAUCUUGAGUCUCACUCUUUCCUCGUCCUCGCCAGGAGGAAAAGCAGAAACAUGCUCGUCAGUGUGAUCAUGUAUAGAAUUCAGAUAUAACAUAUGAUUGUAUAUAAUUGUAAUAAAUAUGAGUUACCACUA